AUGACGCCAAAUAUAGUACAAAUUUCGUUCUUGAAAUAUCUGCUUCGACCUUGUGUUUUUUUGGAGCGUGCCAUUUGCAGAUCAACCUGUUCGAUCACUCCGCGCGAUAUGGACUAUCUAUUAGCUUUUGCGGCGCAUGAAUUUGCGAAUUUUCGGGAAUUAGAAGUCCGUUCACUACUAACAAUAAGCGGGUUGAGUCAGGACUGUAUCCCUGCGGAUACUGACUGGAGCGAUCCAUAUAUCAAAAUUAAACUCCCCAGUGACGAUGCUGCCGCAAGAUUUAUCGAACGCAGUAUGUUAGUUAAGUUUAUUUACUCGAUUUGGGCAUCUGCGUCCACUUUUGAUGAGCUCUUAUUAAAGAUUCCGGAGAUAUCACUAUCACUUAUCGACAAAUACUUGUACAGUACUUACUCUUACAAAGUUAUUGUUAGCUCUGUUAAUAAACGCAUUCCUCUGGAAGAUCGUUUACCGUACAUUAAAAGGUUAAUCGGUGCUCAUAUCGGCUCCUCUGCUCCAGUAUCACUCGAUAAUCCCGACUAUCAAUUGCACAUUAUUUUCGAAUUCACUAAGGCCAAGAGCCAUAAAAAUGAUCAGACACUUUUACGAGUAUAUUACGGUCGUGCAGUAGGAGAAAGUUCGCGGAGACGCAUUCUGAAUAAAUUCGAUCUGUCCAAACGCACAUAUUUGGGCAACACCACCAUGGAUGUCUGCCUAGCAGGAGUCAUUGCUAAUGCGUGCCUCUGUGGUCUUGGUGACAUAGUUUGGGAUCCAUUCCUUGGAACUGGUGGUAUGGUGUUGGCUGCGUCCGUUUGGGGAGCUUACGGUGCUGGCAACGAUAUCGACUAUGCCCUUGUUCACGGAAUUGGUGCCUCACCGAAAGCUGGACAGGGUAAGCGACACGUUGAUGAAUGCCUCCGGGCCAACUAUUGCCAAUACAGCCUGCUAUCGCGCUACUUAGACGUCCUGGUAGCCGAUUCGGCAUCCCUGGAUCGUCUGCUACGCUGUCCGUCUACUACGUCAGGCUUCUUCGAUGCCAUCGUCACAGAUCCGCCCUACGGCGUACGUGAGCGCACUUGCCGCAUCGCCAACGAGGCCAUUGAGAAGGAGCCUUCUAUGCAGACCACCAUGUAUAUCGACGAAAUUACCGGCGGAAAACAAUUCGCAUUGGUACCCGACAAAGAUGGGCUUGUCCCUGUUCCGCAUGAUUUACCUCACUUUCCGCACAAGGAAAACUACCCACUGCGGGAGAUUUACGGAGAUCUGUUGAAGCUGGCCAGCCUUUUCCUCAAGCCACAAGGCCGUCUGGUCUUCUGGAUGCCUGUGAACAAAAGCAAUCACAGUGGUCUGCCUCCUCUACCUACUCAUCCGCGCUUUAAACUUAUCAGUGCUUGUGAACAGAGUCUAAAUCGAUGCACCUCACGGUUCCUCCUGGUGAUGGAGAAGUUGUCACUCGAGGAGGUGGAUUUUUGCCCCUCGACGGGAUCGCCCAAUGCGACCAUUAAUGGGGACGGCACGAUCAACAGCACAUCUCAGGGGAUACCAUUGCAUUUGAAUUAUUUUCGGAAGGCGCACUUCUUGCCAAAGACGGAUUGA